AUGAAUAGCCUUUCAAUGCGACGUGUCCAAAGGCAUUCAUGUUCCGCUUUACCAACAGCGAACAACAAUAGCAAUGUUAGCAGCGGUAGCAAUAGUGGUAGAGAUAAUGCUGAUAAAACAGAUAGGCCGUUUCGAAGGCGCAGGACUACUUCUUUCGGUAAAUUAUCACAAUUUCUUCAUACUGGCAGUAUUGGCUGCUCAGGAUCAGUUCAAUCAGCAUUGCUAGAUUUAUCCACUACAGGAAAACUGAUGACCAAAAUUGCCGAGUCGCAACGUCGUGGUAUGGAAUCAUUGGCUAUAUGGGCGCAUAAUGGUGAUAACACAGCAAUUGAUGAUGUUAUGCAACAAACCAGGCAAUUGUAUGAAAUAUUUGCCGAUAAAGAACUACAAUUUGCCUGCCAAUAUACGCACUAUUUGCAGCAACUGCAAAAAAUAGUAGAUGCAGAGCGUGCGGUAAAAGAUGCGGAAGAAAAUUUAAAGAAUUUAGAAGAAAAAGAAAAGAAGUUGAAACGAGAAAUUGGAAAAGGCGUUUCGUUUUUCAGACAGCGCCGCGGUGGCGAUAUUUAUUUGCUGAAUCAGAAACUUGAAGAGAUUAGAGUUUCGAAGGAACGAGCUGAACAAAUUUUACCCGAUCUUCGAGCUGAAAUGGAAGUUGUAAAAAUGUUCAGAUUCCGGAAUGGUAUGCAGGGUAUGGCGGAUGCUUACCAAGACUUUGCACGGAGUUGUCAGGCUAUUUUCAAUUGCCAACGUGAAAUAAUUGAAAUGGUACCGGCAGUAUCAAAUCAGGACGUUCGCCAUAUGAUUUACGAAGGGUCUCCAAUAACUAGAGAUCGCGUGGAAAAUUUGAGAAGGUCUUUGCAACACAACUUAACAGUAUCGGAAAAUAAUUCAUGGUCUAGCGCCACGAUGUCAGUGCCAAAACGGCGUAGUGAGCCGAGACAUUAUGUUUACCAAUCGCGGAACAACUCUCCUCCUCCACCAUAUAUGUCUGCUGCAAUACCUGUAAACUUGUCACUUUCAGAAUAUCAGACUGGAAUCACUGAUAAUCAAAUAGGCAGUACUGAGCUUCAAAAGUGCUCUCAUUGUGGGCAGUCGAUUCAGCAAUCACCAAAUUAUGAUUUGAAGCAUACUGUCAUGGCUGGAAAUAUUGUUUGA